AUGGCCUCCCCUCCGCUGCAGCCGGUCACCCACCUGCUCUUUGACUUGGACGGCCUCCUUCUGGAUACGGAGCGACUCUAUUCGGAGAUAAUUCAGGAAAUCUGUGAGCCCUACGGAAAGCAAUUUACGUGGGACGUGAAAGCGAAGGUGAUGGGUAAAAAGGAGGCGGACGCAGCCCAGGUCAUCGUGGAAGUCCUGCAGCUGCCCUUAACCAAAGAGGAACUGCUGGCGGAGAGCAAAAAGAAAAAAGAACAAAUAUUUCCCACAGCCUCGUUCUUGCCAGGGGGGGAGAAGCUGAUCAAUCACAUGCACAGACACGAGGUGCCCUUCGCCCUGGCCACCAGCUCGGCCCGGCAGUCGUUUGAGUGGAAGACAAGCAGACACAAAGAAUUCUUCAGUUUAUUUCAUCAUCUUGUUCUGGGCGACGACCCCGACGUGAAGAACGGCAAACCGGAGCCGGAUAUAUUUCUAACGUGCGCCAAGAGAUUUUCCCCUGCUGCUCCCGUGCACAAGUGCCUCGUGUUUGAAGAUGCUCCAAACGGAGUGGAGGCAGCACUUGCAGCCGGGAUGCAGGUCGUCAUGGUUCCGGAUGGACAGUUGAACCCAGAGCUUACGAGAAAGGCCACGUUGGUGCUGAAAUCACUGGAGGACUUUCAGCCGGAGGUCUUUGGGUUGCCACCCUAUGAUUGA